AUGUCUGCGAUCUACACUACUAUUCCUGGCUUCUUCGUCCAAGAUGAUCCAGAGGCCGUUGGCUCUGCAAUCGGCGCACUUCCCCCACGCUUCGGCUUACUCGACGACUCUCCGAACCGCUGGGUAGCAUUCAAGGCUAAGAUCGACGAGCUGAACGCGCGUGCGCCGGAAGGCACGGCGUACAAGGUCUUCUGGCUGGGUAGACAUGGACAGGGAUAUCAUAAUCUUGCUGAAGCCAAGUAUGGGACCGAGACCUGGGACGACUACUGGGCGAAGCUGAACAACGAUGGCGAAACCGUCUGGGGCCCCGACCCGCUGCUCACGCACCUCGGCGAGACGCAGGCAGAGGAGGCGCACAAUGCAUGGAGGAAGGAGCUUCCGCAUGGCGUGCCCGUCCCCCAGAAGUGCUUCGCGAGCCCGCUCAAGCGUGCCCUUGACACCUGGAAGAUCACCUUCGACCGCACGGGCGAUGCCCAAGUGCUCGUGCCCGAGGCGCAGAACGUGCUAAUCCUUGAGAACUGCCGCGAGGAGUACGGCAUACACACCUGCGACCUCCGCUCACCGCUUUCGCACCUGCGCACGCUCUACACGCCUCCGAUCUACACGUUCGAACCCGAUUUCGCCGAGAUAGACCCCCUCUGGGAUGCUGAAGAGCGCGAGCCGACACCGCACCGCGUUGGGCGCGCCCGCAAGGUGCUCGACGUUGCCUUCGCCGAAGACGCCAUCUAUAUUUCAAUUACUGCACAUGGAGGGUUCAUCAACGGCCUCCUCAACGCUGUCGGCAGGCCCAACUACUCACUCCCUACUGGAGGUGUCCUGCCCAUUGUGGUCCAACGUACCGCCAAUAUGCUCGCCAACUGA